CGUUACAGCUAGCGGUCCCUUGAUGUAAUACUCUUGUCUCUUCUCCCUAGACACGAGAGUUUUCGCUCGACCGUGUGGCAACAAUACGGUCGAACUUCGGGCGCGCGGGAAAGAAACCACUGGAUUUUUGGGACGUCGUCACGAAAAAAGUUAUUCACUCAUAUCGACACAAAUAUCGGAUGCUGGGGGAGAAACCAUGCAGCUGCAGGGCUUUCUGCCGCUGCUUGUCGCCCUGCUUGCCACUCUGCACGUCAUCCAAAGCAUCCUUGUGGUCAGCUGUAUUCCAGAGUGCAUCUGUCUCUCACAAACACAGGUGCUGUGUAACACGGGCGGCCUCACGGAGAUCCCCAUCAAGUCGCUGCCUUCCACAGUGGAGCAUCUCUCUCUUACGAAGAAUCACUUCCCCAUCAUCAAAAGCGACGCUUUUGCCGGACUCCGUGGGUUAAAGAAGCUUUCCUUAGAUGGGAACAACAUUUCUAUCAUUAAACCUUUCGCUUUCCGUGGUCUUCCUCGCCUCAGAGAACUCUCAAUCCAGCACACUCCUCUCACGACUGUUGCCCAGUUUUCCUUUGCCGGUCUCCAGAAUAUAUCUACCAUACACUUAGGGUACAAUAGGAUACAGCGUGUUGAAGGAUAUGCGUUUGCUGGGACAUCCAACGUCCGACUUUUGCUCCUGAACAACAACCCACUUCACCGAGUGGACUCUUCGGCCUUCUCCGGUCUGUCCAAUGUGGAACGUCUCAUCUUCCCGUCCGGUAUCCGCGCAGUGGAGCCCGACGCGUUCAGCGGCCUCGACACCGUCGGCGUCUUGAAGCUUGCCUUUAUGGAUCUCAGUUCUCUGAAACCUUUCACCUUCCGAGGCUUGAGCCAUGUCCACGUUCUGGCGAUUCAGGAUUCUGACUUGGGUAUCAUUCGUGCUGGUGCAUUUGAAGGCAUGACUCAAGUCGGGAUCCUGAGCAUGAAGAAUAACAAGAUUGAUGCCAUUCAGGAACUAAGAUUACGGCCUGUGAAUCGUAUAAGAAUCUUUCAUUUCCAUGGAAACCACUUGCUGGAGACACCUCUGCCUGGUGCUGUUAUUAUUCAGGGUAUCGAAGUUUUGAAUGUCAUAGACAACCACUUCCCUUGUGACUGCCACAUACACACGCUUCUUGAGAGUCCUUUGGCUAACGAUAGCACCGGAAUAGACUUCAGAAGUAAGAACUAUUGUAUAUCCCCUCUCGAAGUGAACGGAAAACCAAUGAAUGACUUGGACCUGGAGUCUAUCGGGCGGUGCCAGGAGCAGGUGACGAGGGGGAACCUGGAGGCCUCUAAAGGUCCCACGAACACUGGUGCAAUCAAAACGCCUUCCCGUCUACCUGGCGGUGCUCUAAUCGUCUAUUUGCUGGUUAUUCUUUGUAAGAGAUGAGAAUUGCCUGUUAAGUGAUAAUUCAUGAGCAAUCACAGUUAUUCAACGUAACUUUGGUCGGAUUUAUAUACCAAAAAAUUUUGGGAUCAUGCAUCAACUGCCAAUUUAUAAAUUUCCUUUAAAAUAUUUGAUGUAAAUACUCUAUUGAUAUUUGUAAAUAGUAAACUGAAAGCCCUAGAACAUGUUCUCGUGUUUAUGACAGGUGUGACUGUUGCGUACAGGGCGUUCCUUUAAUGACAUGAAGUGCUGUUUGCUCAUGAAGUGGCGGAAGAAAGUGAAUUUCAUUUCCUGUUAUGAAGCGAAGUGCUGCCCAGUACUGCCAAAGCCCAUAUGUAUGUUCCUUUUAGUGUUGUGUACAGUGUUACAUCUAGAACAGACAAAUAUUUCGUAUGUCGACGAAGUGAAGAGACAUAAGGGACAGUUAUUGACUCCUUUUUAUAUUUAGCUUUAAGAGAACUGUAUUGACAGUGUAACCAAAAAGAAGGUAACACCGGAGUUCUGGUCAACACAGAAGUGAAAAUUAAACUGAAUGACUUAUGUAAGAGAAUCAUUCUUAUUGCACAAGAGCUUAGAGCAAUGUUGGAACAUUCUCUAUAUAAUUUUAGAGCGUGGUACUAACAAGAAUAUUGGAAUGUUGUCUUAUUAGAGAUGUGUAAUCUGUAGGAAAUUUAUACUGUUUCCCAUGGAUAUCAAUUACAUUAUGUUC